CUCUGCAACAUUCCCUUCUCCAAAGGAGGAGGAACUUCAUCCCACCUCCGGCAGUCACCGACCAAAAAUGGCGAACUAGCAGAAAGCCCUUUUUUCUCCUUCACGUUACACUCUGACCACACCCACCUUCAAGCUCCUGUGAAAACCUCAAAACAAACCCAUAAUCCGCCAUGAUCGCGAAGAAAGUUCCCCUCUUCCCCCCCAAAACCCUCUCUCAAUCCGUCCUCGUUUCCUACUUCUCCACCUCGUCUCCGUCUCAAUUCCAGCCUCACCAGUCGUGGAGGCAGCAGCAGGAGGAGGAUUCGAGGUCCGUGAGUGUCGCGGUGUGGUGGGAUUUCGAGAAUUGCAAUUUGCCGGCUGGGGUCAAUGUGUUCAGAGUGGCGCAGACCAUCACGGCUGCGGUUCGGGCCAACGGGAUCAAAGGUCCCGUUCACAUCACGGCGUACGGAGACGUCUUCCAGCUUUCUAGGGCGAACCAGGAAGCUCUUGCCUCCACUGGAAUCAACAUGGCUCACGUCCCCAAUGGCAUUUCCCUCCCCCCCUCUCUCUCUCUCUCUCUCUCUCUCUCUCUCUCUCUCUCUCUCUCUCUCUCUUUGUUCUUCAUUUUUAUCCCGCAUUGCUUAUCUGGGUUGCUACUGUUGAUUCUAAAGAUUCAACCUUGGUUGUUGAUGUAGAGAAUUUGAUGGGGAAAUGUAUAGAGAUUGAGUUGUGUAUGGAUUGGAUUAAUGUUUUUGUCUUUUUGAGUAUUGUGAUCACUGAUCAAGUCCUUGAUUUUGGAAGAGAAUUAAGGUAUGGUGGUUUUUGGAAUCUGUGAGAUAGGAAAACUCUGUGCAUUUGAGAAUGUGUGGGUUUGAAGUAAGUGGACUUAUAUAUUAGAUCAAGUGAUUGUAAGGAUAUGCAGUUGGAAGAUUGUUAGAACGUCAGAGUAUGUGAAUUUUUUCUGACAUGCUUUCUCAAGGAUUGCAUAAUUAACAAACGGUUCUGAGUUUUUUUCUUUUUCUUUUUUCAUUCACAUUGUUGCAGGAGGGAAGAACAGUGCAGACAAGUCUCUUCUAGUGGGUCUAAUGGACUGGGUAUCCCAAAAUCCACCCCCAGCCCAUUUGUUCCUCAUCUCCAGUGACAGAGAUUUCGCGAGUUGUUUGCACAGGCUGAGGAUGAACAAUUACAACAUCUUGCUUGCAGCUAAAGAAGGUACGCGGGGCGUUCUAUGCAGUGCUGCAAGCAUCAUGUGGCACUGGAACGAUCUACUGAAGGGCGAGAACUUGGUGGGGAAGUAUUUCAACCAACCUCCUGAUGGUCCUAAAGGCUCAUGGUAUGGUCAUUACAAGUUACCCUUAGAAGAUCCAUUCGCGGUUCCUGAGCCUACACCGGCACCAUCACCACCACCAGUUUCUCCCAAGGUCGACGAGGAGCAUGUAGAUUCUAUUCGCCCCAUACCAAAAGCAGUGAUGAAGCAGAUUCAACAGAUUUUGAACUCACACCCUGAAGGUAUCAAAAUAACUGACCUUCGAGCCGAGUUGAUGACUAGCAAUUUGGCAAUCGAUAAGGAAUUUUAUGGCCAUAAGAAGUUCUCCCUAUUUCUCUUGGCUAUGCCACAAGUGUUGAAGCUUCAAAACAAGGGGGAGGGUAGGUUUCUCGUGCGAGCUGUUCCUGGCAGAACUCAUGAUCCAUCUGGAACUCUAGUUACCACAGCUACUGAUAUACAUAAUAAUAAUGUGAACCCGGUUCCUUCUGGCUCUUUGAAGAUGGAUACCGACGGUGUAGCUGAGAAGAAUUUGCCACCAUUGACCUCAUCGGAGCCAAAUGUCAGAGCUUUGGAAGUGGAUGUUCAUGGCAAGGAAUGCAACUUUCCUGUUAGUGAAAAGGUCUUGGAGAAGGCUAAUGGACAGGAAACAGAUAAGCAGUCAUCUGUAGUGAAGAAUGGAGAGCCUGACAUGGGAUUUUUCGGGACUCUUCGAAAGAUUUGGUAUGGAAGCUCUGAGAAGGGAACUGAUGACUCUCUGGAAAAAACUUCCACUGACAAGCUUGGAAGAGACGAAGUUGAUGAAAAGAACCGUGAAUUGCCUAGCAGAAAGUUAGAAGCAUCUACUCAAAGCCCGGCAAGUGAAAGCGACAGCAAUUCAGCUGUGUCUAGUGAAGACUUGAGCAGAAAUACAGGUUUGUUUAGUCGGAUUAAGAACUGGUGGAAGUCUAGGGGAAGCCGUGUAGAAUCUGUACACGAUCAACCCAGCAAAGUCCUUGAUCAGAGAAUUGUGGACAUGAAAGACCAUGAGGUCUUUUCUAAGGACGCGUUCUGGAGGGUUAUGGAGUCCUUUGUUAGGACACAGAAGGGGUCGCUAGCUAUAACAGAAUCCAGGACAAGGGAACAGAUGGCAACGAAUCUGCAAAAUGAAGGACCUUUGCUUCUGAAAUCUCUCAAGGAACCUGACCUACUUCUGUUGGUAGACAUCUUGAUAUCACAAAAGAAAUGGGUGGAUGAAUGUCCCUCCGGAUCUUCCCCUUUUAAGGUCACUCUAUCUAGGGAUAAUGCAGCCCGGACCACUUCUCAGGGAUCCAGUGGAUUGAGGUCUUUGUUUCUGAAAGAAAGGCAUCAGGGUGUUUCUCAUACUGGUGUUACGCCCCCCAUCGCUUACACGAAAUCCUCUGAUCGAUCUAGAAGUGAGAUACUGAUGGACUGCAGGAACCUUGUGCAGCAAGUGGUGAAGAAAUACCCCUAUGGUUACAACAUGGGCGCUUUCCGAAAGUUGUUCCUCGAAAGGUAUGGUUACCAUCUUGACAUCCAGAAGCUCGGGUACCAAAAGUUGGCAGCUUUACUGGAAAUAAUGCCAGGAGUGAAAGUCGAAUCUACUCACAUCCUUCCGUCUACCAAAACCCUAAAGUCUAACUCUGAUGGUGAAUCAUCGAAGAAGGAGAGCGAAUCAGAUUCUGCGUGGGAUGAGCUCGGUCCUCCGGAUGCCAACUCAUCAUCCCAAAAGGAUCCUGAUUAUGAGCCUUGCCUGUCUGAAGACGAUAAUGAUGAUGUGGAAUCUGAUUCAGAACCCGAGACUCUGGCUGCUUCAAGCAGCAGUCGACCUGAACAAAACUGUACGAAGUCCAAUGAGGAAAAUAGCUCGUUGCUAGAGAUUCUCGAUACAUGGUAUGGGAGUCAGAACGAGGAAACUGGAGGCAAGAAAGAGGAGUCUAAGAGGAAUGAUGAGGGGAAUGCUACAAUUAAUUUGCAGCAGCUUACCAGUUCGUCUGGACAAGUUGGAAAGACGGCUGAGGCAACUACUACUCAUAUGGCAUGCUCUGGAGGGACGAUGCAGAAACCGGUAAAGACUUAUUCUUUCGUCGAUGAUUCGGUCUGCCCUGCGGAUCAGCAGCAUAAGGUCAUUGAUGGGAUCUUAAGCAGGUUGAAGAACACUAGUGAUUCGAGGAUGCCGAGUUGAUUUAUUGCGCGUUAGGGAUGUUCUACCUUUUGUAGGGUUAGAUGUGAACAUAGUAUGGGAAACUAGGUAGCUACUGCUGCAAAAUUUCUGGUACCAUUGGUUGUUUAGGUUAGUUUCCUCGGGUAUCGUUUUAAGCCGACAAAGAGAAUCGAUGAUUGUGAAAUCGAUAUCGGAGACUAGCUAUAUUAUUAGUUACAAGUUCGGUUAUUCGGAAUUGGAUUAUGGAUUCAGGACUAGAGAGAACGUGACACAUGCUUGUAAGUUGUAACCCUAUUUAAAGAGACGCCCAGAAUUUGGUUAGUAUAUGGUGGCAUGGGAUGCUUGUAAUCCUCUUUAUGUGUCCACAAAGAGAAUAGUGUUUUUGUGACUAAAACAUAAUUAUCCAUAAUCAGAUCACAU